GUUCUGCUGACAGCCCCCACCCAGCCAGAGCUCUGCUGUAUACCGCUGGGAGUGGGGCUGGUGGGGAGCCUGGAGGUCGCCCGCUGCCCUCCCAGGGCUGCUCCAGACAGCAUUAAGACCCUGCAGGUCGAAAGUGAGACUAACAGCUGAGAGAGCUGCUCCAGGCAUUUAGGACCCUGGCUGGGGCAGGUGAGUCAGCCCAGUGGGGGCAGGGCUACUGGAACGAGGAUCUACAGUUGGAGUUGCCCCACUCUCAUGUCACCUGGAGAAAAACUGGACCCAAUUCCUGACAGCUUCAUUCUGCAACCGCCAGUCUUCCACCCGGUGGUUCCUUAUGUCACGACAAUUUUUGGAGGCCUGCACGCAGGCAAGAUGGUCAUGCUGCAAGGAGUGGUCCCUCUAGAUGCACACAGGUUUCAGGUGGACUUCCAAUGUGGCUGCAGCCUGUGUCCCCGGCCGGAUAUCGCCUUCCACUUCAACCCUCGCUUCCAUACCACCAAGCCCCACGUCAUCUGCAACACCCUGCAUGGUGGACGCUGGCAAAGGGAGGCCCGGUGGCCCCACCUGGCCCUGCGGAGAGGCUCCAGCUUCCUCAUCCUCUUUCUCUUUGGGAAUGAGGAAGUGAAGGUGAGUGUGAAUGGACAGCACUUUCUCCACUUCCACUACCGGCUCCCACUGUCUCACGUGAACACGCUGGGCAUAUUUGGUGACAUCUUGGUAGAGGCUGUUGGAUUCCUGAACAUCAAUCCGUUUGUGGAGGGCAGCAGAGAGUACCCAGCUGGACAUCCUUUCCUGCUGAUGAGCCCCAGGCUGAAGGUGCCCUGCUCACAUGCUCUUCCCCAGGGUCUCUCGCCUGGGCAGGUCAUCAUAGUGCGGGGACUGGUCUUGCAAGAGCCAAAGCAUUUUACUGUGAGCCUGAGGGACCAGGCUGCCCAUGCUCCUGUGACACUCAGGGCUUCCUUCGCAGACAGAACUCUGGCCUGGAUCUCCCGCUGGGGGCAGAAGAAACUGAUCUCAGCCCCCUUCCUCUUUUACCCGCAGAGAUUCUUUGAGGUGCUGCUCCUGUGCCAGGAGGGAGGGCUGAAGCUGGCGCUCAAUGGGCAGGGGCUGGGGGCCACCAGCGUAAACCAGCAGGCCCUGGAGCAGCUGCGGGAGCUCCGGAUCAGUGGAAGUGUCCAGCUCUACUGUGUCCACUCCUGAGGAUGGUUCCAGGGAAAUCCCGCCAGAAAACAAGAAGGGAGCCGAAGGCCCAUGGGACACGACCAACUCAGCAUUCCACUGGAGGCUAUAUGAUCAAACAGCAAACUGUUUAUCAUGAAUGCAGGAUGCGAGCAAACUCAUGACUGCUCCUGCCAACAGAAGGUUUACUGAGGGCAAUCACGUCCUGGCACCAAGCUUCUUGAGGUUGUCUACUGGGACAUCUAGGGAAUGCAGUCUUGCAAGCCUACUCUGGACCAAGCAGCUGACCCCUUCUUCCAUCCCCUUUCUCACCGUCUCUUUUGCCUAAUAAAUAUGGAGGGCUGUGUAAAGUUCAGGGCCCUUGUUCACUAGAGGCAAGGUGCCCCCUGACUCCUUCUUCCAAAUAUA